AUGGGCUUGUUUGCGUUGCUUGUCGCCUACGUCGUGGGCGGGGUCACGUUCCUCCCGGGGCUCUUCUACCUAUAUUUCAUCUACCUCCCCAGCCACCGUCUCGCCAAAGAACCCGAGGUAGCGCCAAUAGCGCUGUCGCUGGUCCACCUGCGAGAGGCGUCGCCGUCAAAGCUGCUGCUGCUGUCGCUGAUACGCGCCGGCGAACUCGAGGAGUUGCGCUCGCUGGGGUUGGAGGCAUACAAAGAGGGCUGGAUCCUCGUCACCACCGAAUACCUCGAGUCCGCCGACGAUCUCACACCAGCGCCGCCAAUCUCGGACCAGGAUACCAAACUGGCAUACCUGACGCUUUACAAAUUGGCUCAACACCACGUCAAUGAUGAUGGCAGUACCAUCCCUCAUCCGCCGCGGUCUGCUGGUAGCGCUAGUGCUACCGCUGCUGCCUCGCCAACUACUGAUCCUCAGGAGCGCAAACACCGCUACUACGCUGUGCUUAAGCACGGUAACCUUUUCCUCUAUAAGGACGAGCGGUGCGCUGACGUCAAACACGUCAUUGUCCUCUCUAACCACUUUGUGCGGUUAUGGCCGCCCCAGAUGAUGGAGCUGGCGCUCUUCACGAAGUACUCCGCGAUCGCCGUGAUCCCGCUGGAGUUCAUGCCGAUGAUGGAACAGCUGCUGGCGCAACCGCCGCCUAAGGGCGCGGCGUUCUUCAUCUACUGUGACUAUAAUAUCGAUAAGGAAGACUGGUGGUUUGCCCUCAUUCGAGCUACGCGUCUCAUCAAAAAGCUGGCCCUCACCGGUAGCUCGUUCGACCCCAUGAUCUACGCCAAAGCCCUUCACUUUGACACUAAGCAUAUGAUCGACUUGAUCUCUACCCUCUACUCCAGUGAAGGGCAAUUGCAGACUAAAUGGCUCAACGCGUUAUUGGGACGGUUAUUCCUUGGCUUACAAAAAACUCAUACCAUCCAUAACUGGUUGUACAGUAAACUUCUGCGGAAACUUACUAAGAUUAAGAAACCCGGUUUCAUGGACGAGUUCAAAAUCACUCACAUCUAUCCUGGGGACUCGGCUCCGUACUUCACUUACCCUCAAUUGAAGGAAAUUAACCCUGAUGGCACCGUCAUUCUCCUGACUUACCUCACUUAUACGGGGAAAAUGCUGGUAGAAAUCGCCACCAAAAUGUCAAUUGCCGUCGCCGGUUUACGCCUUAACAAACGUGAUAUGGAUGUCACCUUGAAAAUCACGUUGAAUAAGUUUGCUGGACCCAUGCUCAUCAAGAUUAAGCCUCCACCUUCAGAAAGAGUAUGGUACACUUACGAAACUGAACCACAAAUGGAGCUUAAGAUCGAACCGGUGGUGCUGAGUCGCCAAUUGCUGUAUAACUUUGUCACCAACCUGAUCCAAAAGAAGUUUGAAGAAGCAAUCCGUGACCUGUUGGUGCUUCCUCAUUGGGAUGACAUGACCUUCUACGAUACUCAGGAUGAAGUAUACCGCGGUGGUAUUUGGGAUAAACUGGUUCGUCCCGAAACCACUGAAGACGAACCGUCAACAGCUGCUUCAUUGGAAAAGGCCCCGCUGACUCGUCUGCGUAACUCGCUGUUAUCUUUAGCGACUCAACUGACCAAAGAGUCUAAAGAGAGCACCGACCAUGAGUCAUUGGAUGAAGUCGCCGAUGACCUUCCUGACCGAACCCCACUGGCUAAACGUAUUCAAAAGGCAGCGCUGUCGACAUUCUCCAAGGCUCAAGUGAAAGCACAGGCGAUGAGACAACGGCUUCGCAACUCAAAAUCGUUUACUCUAGACGGACUUCUGUCACCGAAUAGCGAUGCUGACUUAGCGUCGCUUGCCGACUCGGUGGCCACUGCCCCCGCCGUUCCCAUCGCUAAGCCUACAUCACUGACUAGUCUGUCGGGUAGCGGAGCGUUGAAGAAGAUCGGCAAAUGGUACUUUAAGGAUGAUAAACCGCCGUCGCCAACGGUACUGGAGCACCUGUAUACUCCGCCACAAAUGAUCUCCAACCGGCGUGGCCGUAAGACAUCCAACGUGUCGAUGGGUAACCCCCUCGAAGGGUUUGACCGUCCCCCCACUGUCAACCCUGAUUUGACUAAGAAACCGUCGUAUGACUUUGGUAACGUCGGUGAAGGGUUUGGUAGUGGCGACACUUCCUCGGUACACUCCCAUGAAGAGACGUUCCUCGAAGACCCGCCGCUGGCAUUGAUGCCGUCAGCGCCUCAAUUUGACGAUGCCGCGAUCGAUUUGCUGGAAGAUGAAGCCCCCCACCACACGCUUGCUAAUCGUGCCCUGUCUAAGCUGCUUCGGCGUAAACCGCCGCCGGUGGAGGACGGUUUGUCAUAA